CGAGAGCGCUUGCUCACAUGUACAUCUGUAAGACAUCAUCUGGACUCAAAGCUUAGUCAUUUAUUAUGAGUUCACGGGAGUAAGGAAAGGAGAACCGAUUUCCUCGAAGAUGUUGUUUAAAAGCUCAGACUUGGCGAUUUAACAUCGAUUAAGAAAGCAUUAACUUCUGGACUUUGGGGCACUUUCGUAAAUUUUCUACUAUUAUUCUUCCAGUUCCGUCCCAAUAUUCGUGGACUUCCUACUUUCUGAUGUGCAUGGCAAGCGCCGUAAGUGUCAACCUCACCGACGUGUGCUGGUGACCGCUUCUCUUUCUUCCGUAGCAGCACUGGGCAGAAAAGGGUGAAAUUUCCUUUAAAGAAAUAGGACCAAGUCGUAUUUUGAAGUACGCGUUUAUUUUGUGUGCAAGGAAUAUUUUGGACUUUUUUCAGCUAUGACUACUAGUUAUGCUCAUGUAAUGGACAGGCAGGCUUCCAUUUCUAGUCGUUUGGAGAGUCCGAUUACAGCCAAUCUGGAAAAUCUACAGGCUAAAAAGAACUUUUCCGUCAGUCACCUGCUGGAUCUAGAGGAGGCAGGGGAGAUGGUUGGGACGCAGCCGGAGGAAGGCGCCACCGAGGCGGGACGGAGUAUGCUGGAGUCCCCGGGUUUGACAAGCGGCAGCGACACCACGCAACAGGAGAAUGACCAGUUAAACUCAGAAGAGAAGAAGAAAAGAAAGCAACGGCGAAACAGAACUACCUUCAACAGCAGUCAGCUUCAGGCACUGGAGAGAGUAUUUGAAAGGACGCACUACCCUGAUGCCUUUGUACGAGAGGACCUUGCACGUCGUGUAAAUCUCACUGAAGCCCGCGUCCAGGUAUGGUUUCAGAAUCGGAGAGCCAAGUUCCGAAGGAAUGAGAGAGCCAUGCUUGCCAGCAAAAAUGCUUCCUUGCUCAAGUCCUACUCAGGGGACGUGACUGCUGUAGAACAGCCAAUUGUACCUCGUCCUGCUCCACGGCCUAACGACUAUCUCUCCUGGGGCACUGCUACACCCUACAGCAUUUUCCCACAAGACAUUCCUCCAAAAUUCUGGUAGAUUGGAGUCCAUGACCACAUAUGAUGUGCUGAAAGCCUGAUACAUUUAUACUUAUUCAUGAAAAUGAAUUCAGUGAUCAUAAGCUAAGACGUCUGUGUGUUUGUUUAAGGAUGGCAGAAGAAUAAUGCAAUGGAAAGAUGAGACAAAGUAUUUGGAAAACAAAGUGGAACAACACUUGAAGUGUACAGGUCUCUAAAAUGUCAUAAAACCGUCCCUUGUGAAACUCCCACAGACUUCCACAGAAUUUUAAGUACACUUUCCUGUGCAGAGUAACUGGGACAACAGAUAUUUUAGUACAUGUCAAAAUGCUAAAUUAUUUCAGUUCUUUCCAGUUAUACUUUUUCCAAAUAAAAUGGUUGUUCCUUGAUAUAAUUAUCUCCUUAUAUCAGGUUAAUCUGUACAAUGACAAACUUCAUGUUUCUUUUUGUCUGUUCUUUCUCAUAUUGUAAUAAUCUGAUCACCUAUUUUAUAUCUAAAUGGGACUGCUUCAUUUAUAGUUUGAGAAGAAACAAGCUGUAUGGUUUCUUUAAAGGUAAAUCUAUGCAACUGACAUUUCAUUUUUACAAAAAAGACACACUGAUUAAAGCAACAGAACUUACAACCACAUGACAAGAUGAAAAUGCAAGGAACAAAGAAGAAAGAUCUGACAAAUAAUAAAGAGAUCUGGCAUUUUUCUGGAAGUUAGUUCUGAAAAUGGAUUUAAAUAAUAAUUUGGUCAGCUAUCAGUAGCGUCAUAUUUUAUUUUAAUGAUAUACUACAUGUGGAUAAUACAUUGAGUAGACUUGCUGCCUUAUGGAUCUUACAUCCUGGGUUCAAGUCCUAUGCCUGGUUAUUUGCCUGUGCAGAAUUUACAUGUUCUUCACAUGUCUAUGUUUGAGCUCUUUGGGAUCUUUGAUUUUUCUCCCAUGAUCCCAAUGAUUUACACGUUGAGUGGUGAGUAUGGUGGUGUGAAUGGGUGGAACCUACAAUGGACUGGUGCCGGAGCUGUUUCCUGCUUUAUGUCUAGUGCUGCUGGGAUAGGCUGUACCUGCCCUACAAUGAAUUAAGCAGAUUUCAGAAUGUUUUGCAGUCUCCACACCUAUGUUUAUGCACAUCAGUAUUCCCUGACAGCAUGCCUCCUUGUGCAAAGAGAUGUGGGAAACCAUUUUAAAGGGAGUAAGAAAUCGAGACCUGUGCUGGUUAUCUUACCAACUUGCAAUCUUAUCUAUACUUUAAUUGACUGGCCUGGCUCCUUUGUUAGAGCAUCCAGCCAUCCAGCUUCACAUAAUGGUUGAGAAAUUGAACACUAUGAAUGUUAAACCAUAUAUUUCAUUAUGGAUUUAAGACUUUCUUUAAAAUCAUUUGUAGAUACGUAAAGUAUAUGACACCAUUUCAAAAGUCCAGUAUAGGAGCUCCUCAAGGCUGUGUUCUGUCUCUGUUACUAUUUAUGCUGUAUAUUAAUAAUCUGAGACAGAACAGUGGCCAUUGCUCAAUUAUCAAGUAGGCUGAGAACAACAUGCUGAUAGGGUGAAAUAGCUGCAGAGAAUAAAAGUUAUUACUUCAACAAAUUGGGCUGUUUAGUAAACUGGAUUAAGAAGAACAAUCUUACUUAAACGUCAAAAAGUCCAAAUAAAUGAUAUUUGACUUUAAGAGACAGAAAUCUCUAUGUUCACAUCUCAUUUGUUCUGGGGGAGGUGGCAGAGAUAGUGACCCAAUGUAUACUGUAUAUAUACUUAGGGACACAUCUAGAUAGCAAUCUAAACUGGAGUAUUAACACAUAGAGUAUCUGUUCUUAAUGCAAUCACUUCUUGAUUCUCCUUUGUAACUGUUUAAAGUGGUCAGUGACCUCAUGUAGGCCUUUUAUCACAAUGUGAUCCAGUCUGUCAUCACUUUUAGCUUCAUUGCCUACUUUAGUGGUUUAACAAAUCAAAAAUACAUAAAAGCUCUGGCAGGUUACCAAACAUAAAGCCUGAAUUAUUGAAACUAAUGUAAAUUAUUUGGUAAGUGUGUAUCCGUGAUCAGUGUUGAAGAAACUGGGAAACAAUGACAGAUACCUUUGAAGUGCUGAACUUUCCUUCACUAAUUCAGUAAGGCUAAUUGCGAUAGAGACCCACAUAAACUACUCGAAAAAUUCCUUUUUUCAUAGAGGUACAGUAUAUGGCUUUUUAAUACAAAAUAUCAAAGAUGCUAAAGAGUUUUUCAAAUGUAUUGUGUAAUGUGCUGUUUUUUUCAAAUGAUGUAAAUGGCCCAAAAAUACAGCGUAACUUUUAACA